AUGCUUGAAAAACUCCCAGCGACGGACUCAGAAAGAGCGUGUUUUUUCUCUGACCCAGCAGGGGGCAUCAACCUCUGUGGGAGAAGCUGCACUGUUUUCACCCUGAACUCUUCAAGAUCAGACACGCUGUCCCAACCUGCCUCCCCUCUUUUCUCAUCCGCUCCUGCUGCUUUUCCUUCCCCAUCCACCAGGCCAAAUCAGGCCCAUCUGGACUCCCACUCAGACGUCACCCUCCAUGAGGGGUGGGAGGAGGCACUGGGGGUCCUGGAUGGGGACCCCCAAACCUUUAAGCAGAACACAUCCGGUUUCAUCAGCGAUGCGGUGCAGCCACCAAGCCAUGACGCUUCAACACUGACAGAUCUUUGUUCCGACCUGCCGGAGCUGGAAAUAGUGAGCCUCCUGUCGGAGGGUCAGCCAAACUACACUCUUCGAGCAGAUUGUGUAUUUGGGUAUGACAAUGAAGACUGGCUGCAGACACCUGUGCUGCCUCCAGAGGUCGUUCUUGGACUUACACAUGAGCAGAUUGAGGAGACGUUCAAGUACUUCUUGUUGUGCUCAGACAGAGUGGGCCAAGUCACCAAGACGUAUCACGACAUUAAGGCGGUCACCCACCUGCUGGAGGAGAAAGAGCGUGAUCUGGAGCUAGCGGCACGCAUCGGACAGUCUCUGCUGAAACAAAACCAGGAACUGACGGAGAAGAAUGGAGUUUUGGAUGAGCAGCUGGAGAUGGCGAAGGAAGAGAUUGCACAACUUCGGCAUGAACUUUCAAUGCGAGAGGAUCUUCUUCAAUUCUACGCGAGUGCAGAAGAGACGGAUCCUGCUGAGUCGCAGUCGCCAAUCAAGAGGAACCCAUCGUGCAGUUCUCUUGGCCAGUUUGUGCAAUACGACUUCCUGCAGCAGAAACUAAAAAGUUUAGAGGAAGAGAACCGUAAACUGCGAUUAGAGGCCUGUGAGCUGACCACUGAGACCACCAACUAUGAAGAGCAGGAACAGGAGCUGAUGAUGGUGUGUGUGGAGGAGCUCUCGUCCGUCAAUAAACAGGUGGUCGACCUUUCCGACGAGCUCGCGCGCAAAGUUGAGGACUCUCUGCGACAACAGGAGGAGAUCAGCUCGCUCCUCGCGCAGAUCGUGGACCUGCAGGCCCGUUGCAAAGGCCUACAUCAUGAAAAUGAAGAGCUGAAUCAGCACCUGAGUGCCUCAAGGGAGAGGCAGCUCAAACUCCAGUCUGAGCUGAAGGAACUGCAGGACAAAUACUCCGAGUGUGAGGACAUGCUCUGCGAAGCUCGGGAGGACAUUAAGAAUCUGAGGAAUAAGAGUCUCCCCAAUGGAACCGUGCAGCGAUACACGGCCCUGGCUUCGGUUCUCCCCAUGGACAGUCUUGCAGCAGAAAUAGAAGGAACUUUCCGGAAAGGCCUGGACGCACCUGCACCUCCAGAGUACAAAAACCAUCCGUUCCGCGUGUUCGAAACGGUGAAGGUAGUGAACAAGGCGGUGAGGAUGCGGUCACGGUGUCACUCUCCGGGACUCCCUGGUUCUAGCUCGCCUACCGUCCACUCUAGCUGUAACAGCACCCCGAGAACCAGCUACUACGGCUCUGACAACGCCAGCCUCAUUCUGGAGGACAAGUCCACCUCCAGUCCUGCGCAGAGGGAGGACAGUGGGCCGAAGCGACUGGGUCAACCAGGUUUGCCUGGCGGUCAGGACCUGGAAGCGGCCCUGCAUAACCUGUCGGCCCGUCAGCAGAGCCACUCCUCGGAGCGGCCGUUCUUCGACGUGGAGCGAGAGAGGAAACUUCGUGCCUUGGCUGCUAACUGUGACGACGAUGAGGCGUCGAGUGGCUUCCUGACACCCAACGACAGUUUGGCCUCCAGUCCUGCGGCGUCCACCGGCACCAACUACUCCAACGGAAGCUCGCGGCACUCCUGCGUCUCCUCCUCCGGAUCCAGGUCCUACCUGCCCGACCGCCUGCAGAUUGUCAAGCCACUGGAAGGCUCGGUGACACUGCACCAGUGGCAGCAGUUGGCCAAACCCAACCUGGGGGGGAUCCUGCACCCACGACCCGGCGUUCUGACCAAAGACUUCCGGGAGCUGGAGGUGGACAUUCAGCACGUCUACAGCCUGAACGACCUGGAGGAGGACGAACCUGACCUGUCGAUGCUGUCAGCACAUGGCAUGGCCACAUCCCCUCAGACCUCAUCCAGCCACCCCAAACCUACCAGCCAAGUUCUGCCACCGUCCCUCCUCACCCCCUCCUUCUCCUCUAGCGUUGACUCUGGCGGCCUGCCAUCUUGUCGGAACUGUGAGAAUGUGAGGCCCACGUCGUCUCCACUCAGUGGGGGAACCACCACUGCCAAUGUAGCGUCACCAUCACUGGGACUCAUGCGGCUGCUGCAGGAGCGCGGCAUAUGUGCCUCUCAAAAUUCCGGCGCUGAACUCCCCAGCUCCACAGGCUCGCCUGGGCGGAGGGGCGGGACCAGGAGCGUCUUCAGUUGGAACUUGGUGGAGAAACUUCAGAGCCUGGGUCUGCACAAGGUGGCGGCCCUCGGGAUGGCAGGGGCCGAUGGGAACGGCAGGCCACUGUACAGACGUCCGCCCAAAGUUUGACAUCAGCCCAUUCACCGUAGUGACUUUGCACUGAGCUGUGUGACUUCUGAUGCAGUGUCUUGAAAAUGAAGCCAUAAUGUGAGCUUACCUGUCACUGUUGUGUGUGUGUGUCUGUGUGUGCGCGUGUGUGAAACACAUCCAUCUCAGGACAAUCACCUGCUUUAUGGCCAUGUGUACAUACCAUUGUUUUCCAAAAAAACGUGUUUUAAGAAUAUUGUACAUGCCGUUUUACACAUUUAAUAAAAGUCCUUUAGCGCUGUUGUAGUUGACAAAUUAGAACAUCGUUCUGUGGAUCAUUUGUUCAUCGAGUAUUUAUGGGAGAAACACUGACAUCUGUCGGAGAAGGUGGGAAUAUCAGACCCAGAUUUGCUGCAGUGAAUCUAUGUAAAGUUGUAGGCGAUUAGAAUACAGCAGGUGGUUGAACGUAUAAUGUUCAGAAAAUGUCAGUUAGGUCAAAAUUAGAAUUGUGUAAAAUAGAAAAUAAUAUAUUUGACAUUCUAUUUACAUCUGUCUUCACAAAAAGCAAGUUUGCGUUCACUUCAUUGUGAACCCUCCAAUGGCCUUGACGUAAUGCUACCUAACAGUAUGGUUCAACUCAACAACCAGUCAGUCAGUUUUUACUGUCGCCCUCCACUGAAUAUUGAAUGAACAAAUGACACACAAACAUUGUUAUGUGACGACUUGUCGAUGCAGUAAUUGAUCACCAAGCCGAUGCUGUAAGUCUUUCAAAUGCACUUUGAUUCAGUCUUCCAACAUCUGCUGUCACCAGGAGUUGUAAAUACGUUUCUGACUUCUGCAUGUCGGAGACAUCGCGUAUGAUUUUACACCUGGAUGUGAGAUGUUUUCACUCUGCUGGAACUGAAAUGCAAUAAAGUCAUUUUAUUAUUUAUAGCAGCUAGAUGUAGGUUAUGAAUAACCAAGGGAAGGCUUUUUUUUUUUUUUUUUUUUUUUUAAAAAGGGAAUCAGACAGA